UUUCCACACCACCCCAAAUUGGCAGUGGUCUGUCCCUACUAGUGAAUUAGAAGCUCAAGCCUGACGUUGGCAGGGUAUAAAUUUGUUGCUUUCCGCGUUUCUGCUGAGAUUUUCUGAUGCCUGAGACGGAAAAGGACGGCAAGAUGUCGAAGAGGAUGCAGACCAAGCCCAUGGUGGCGUGUCUGAAGACAAUCCUGAUGAUUUUUAACUUCAUCUUUUGGGCUACUGGCAUCCUGAUGUUAGUGGUUGGAAUCUGGGGAAAGUUGGGAAUGGAGAAGUACCUUCAGCUGUCUACCACUAACUUCACCAGCGCCCCGUACGUACUGAUCGGUGUGGGCGGCUUCAUCGUCCUGCUCGGAUUCCUGGGCUGCUACGCCACCGCGAAGGGCAACACCGUCCUGCUGUACAUCUACUCCUUCUUCCUGUUCAUCAUCUUUGUGGCUGAGCUGGCUGCCGGCAUCUCUGGAUUCAUCUUUAGAACCAAGCUCCAGGAUGGUUUCAGUGAAGGUCUGGACAAGGCGCUUUCUGGGUACAACCCUACUCAGGACAAGGACCAGGCCAAACUGGUGGAUGAUCUGCAGAGCCAGCUGAAGUGCUGUGGGAAGGACGAGUACUCGGACUGGUUCAAGCAGCCUUGGGCCGCGGGGAAGAACGACGUGCCUCUCAGCUGCUGUAAGAACCAGAACACGUGUGUGCACCAAGGACUGACCAACUCCACCACUUCUGACAUCUACACUGUGGGCUGUUACAAGCUGGUGGUGAGAGCCAUCAACUCCAACCUGGGCAUCAUCGGGGGAAGUGCUGUGGGCAUCGCCUUCUUCCAGGUGAUCGGAAUGCUGUUUGCCUGCUGCUUGGCUCGGAACAUCAACCAGCACAAGUACGAAAUGGUCUGAGACUGACGACAACAAGCCACCAACCACUGAUCUUCUCUUGCACCUCUGUCACUCUCUAACCCCCUUGUGUCAAUGGAAUCUUCCAAACUGAUGAUGGGCUUGUGUAAUAUCGGGAAAGUCUACUUAAGAAAUAGGGAGUUAUUUGUGCACAGAGGUGCAUGAUUAGAAGCCACCAACCACUGGCCAAGCGUCUUCUCUUACACCUCUGCCAUUCACUCAUCCCCUUGUGUCAAUGGAAUCUUCCAAACUGAUGAUAGGCUUGUGUAACAUCAGGAAAGCCUACUUAAGAAAUAGGGGGUUAGGUGAACAUAGAGGUACAAGAGAAGACAGUCGCUGCUGAUUCAUCAUGUUAUGAUAUAUAACUCACCUCCAUGUUGCCUGCAUUUUGUAUGUGUAGUUUGCAGAUGGACUAGUCCUGGAAUUAGGCAAAAUAUAAACUGGAAUUAAGGCAAUUUUUACAUGAUUAAAAUGUGCAACAUGAAGAGAUAAGCUACUGUUCAAGCCCAACCUGGACAUAAUGUAUACUAAAGGGCUCCGCCCCUGAGGCGAUGCCAAAAAAUACAAAAUUGUAACAAAGGUGGCACUAUCUAUCACAAAAUGUGAAAAGGUGGUUAUAACCCAGACAAGUGCUCGAAGUAAUUUAUCUUACCUGGUAAAAAGAUGUUGCCUUUCGUAGUAUAAAGUUGCAGGGAUGGGAAACUUGUUGAAUGGACAGUUAUCAAACAAUAUUUGAUGAUACCAACAGAAUGAGGCAUUCAAAGAUAACUGGAGCUGGACUGAGUUAUGAAUAUUGUAUGUUACCCUGGCUAAUUGUACUGAUAGUAGAUCAUGGUAAGAGAAUCUGGCUUGUAGUUAAGACCAGAAAGGAUUUUUAUGGAUUUAAGGAUAAGAAUAUGGAUUUUAGCAAUAUUAUUGUAAAUGACAUAGAGGGUAAGAAAGGAUGGUUUCAUACAAUACAAAUAUAACUUUCCAAUAGUGUAAAACUUAAGAUAUUACAACUUCCCAACAUUUGAACUGAAUCAACAGAACUUAAAGUUGAGUGCUGUCCCCCAAAAGGAUAGAAAAUUGUACGCUGUUUUAAUCAUAUUUCAGUUACAAAUUGUACUGGACAUAUAAUGUAGAAAGUCAGUGAACAAAGGUAGUUGUAUAUUGUUAGUUUUCGCAUUGUGAAACAAACUUGUAAGUUACUUUUUGAUUUUGAAUUGAAACUGAAUUGCAUUCGACCAAUGACAUUGCUUACAGUUCAAUUUUGAAUUGAAACUGAAUCGAAUCCGACCAAUGACAGUGGCCCAUGUCACCAUAUCAGAUCAAACUGUCUACAUAGUGCUGUAUUUUAGAUGCUGGAAUAUUCUUAGUACAAUUAUGUAUUUUGUGGGUAUUUUAUUUGGUUAAGAAGUGUGUUUCAAGAAAGUUGGCUAAAAUCUGUUUUACUAAGAUUUUAUUUGGCAUUAAAAUAUUUAAACAAUGCA